AUGAACACAAUCGCCUCUCAAUUCACACAAAGUGCCAGCUCUCGUCUUCAAAGUGAAUAUGCAGAUGCACAACGUGAUUUUUCGAACGCUCCCCAAUUGAACUUAGCGCCCACCAUCGAAUUGCCGCCGAUUUCUCAACCCACUGAGUUCUUGAGAGCCCACACUGAUGAUGCUUCGAAUCCAGACUGUAAGAUUAAGAUUGCACACGGUACGACUACCUUGGCAUUCCGUUUCCAAGGCGGGAUUGUUGUCGCUGUCGAUUCCAGAGCUACGGCCGGCAAUUGGAUUGCCUCGCAGACAGUCAAUAAAGUCAUCAGAAUCAACCCAUUUCUUUUGGGAACCAUGGCUGGAGGCGCCGCUGAUUGUCAGUAUUGGGAGACUUGGUUGGGAACACAGUGUAGAUUGCAUGAGUUGCGCGAAAAGGAGCGUAUUUCUGUUGCAGCAGCUUCCAAGAUCCUAGGUAACUUGGUAUACCAAUACAAGGGUAUGGGCUUGUCAAUGGGUACAAUGGUGUGUGGUUACACUAAAAAGGAGGGCCCAGCAAUCUAUUAUGUGGAUUCUGAUGGUACUCGUAUGAAGGGUGACUUGUUCUGUGUUGGCUCGGGUCAGACAUUUGCCUAUGGUGUCUUAGACUCUGAGUAUAAGUGGGACCUCUCUGUUGAGGAAGCUUUGUAUUUGGGUAAGAGAUCCAUUUUGGCCGCUACUCAUAGAGAUGCAUACUCUGGUGGUUCAAUCAAUUUGUACCAUGUCACAGAGAACGGUUGGAUCUAUCAUGGAAACCACAACGUUGGCGACAUUUUCUAUGACAUCAAGGAGAAGGAGCAGUCAUUUAACAAUGUUGACGCCUAG